AUUCACGUGACGAAUCUGUCAUUGUCCAGAGUGGAUUCCGUUUUUCUGCGUGGAGCAGCAAAGAGGGCAGGUGCCCAAUCGCAGCUGGAGUUCAUUGGACCACCAGUAGGGCGCCAAGUGGAGUCUUAUUGCACCAAACCCAAGGCAAUGCCGGACACCAGCAGCCUCAAGUCCGGCAAUGGUACCCUCUUUGUGGUCAUUGUGGCUGGGGCUUCUUCUGUGGUUCUCCUGAUUGCUGUCAUGUCUGCCGUCAUGCUCUGCAGGCGUUGCGCGGAAAGCAUGUCCAGCAGGGACAAAUGGUCGGCGCCUUGCGCAGUUGGGCUUGAUUCCAGUGCCGCCUCUUCUUGUGGCGUCGGCGAAGGGACCGCCUUCGCCGGCGGCCGCCUACGCUACAUGCCCAUCAACUACUCCAGCGAGUCUGGCUGGUGGGCGGGUGCUUGUCAGUACUCAUCCAUCACAACACCAGCACCGGACAUGAGUCGCCAACAGCAGCAGCAGCAGCAUCAUCAUCAUCAGGGACGCCACCAAGAGCAGCAAAUAGGCGGCGGGAAAUCGGGCACUCAUAGACCGGUUUUGGCUGAACAUGUGGCGGACCAUGCGGCGACCCUCGUGGCGCCCGAUGGCUCAGCCACUCCUGGCCUAAAGCAGGAGUUCAAGGCGUGUUGUCGGGGCCUGGCCAAGGCCACGAGCAGCAAGAAAAAUAAAGGAUACAAGGACAAGUGA